AUGAAAACAUCUAGUAGAGCACAUUUCCACCCACCAGCAAAGGUAAAUAUAUUAUUUGAAACUUCAAAACUCAUUGUUAAGAUCCAUACUGUACUUUCUCAAAUUCUUGGAGCUUCUAUGUGGUUUUUCAUACUUUAUAGGAUGAAACAAGAUGGACCCGUUAUUUUGGGCCUUAAACAUCCCUGGGAAGACCAUAAAUCAGAUGAAAAACAUUAA